AUGUCGUCGUCCGGCACUCCUGCCGCUCCUCCGGCUUCAGCUGCAUCACCUUUGCAGUCGUCACAUCCUUUCGCGCGAGAUGAGGAGGAGUCCGCUGAGUUGGUCGACUCGGCGUCCCGGGCUCGCGGGGUCAGCGAUGGGCAGGAGCACCCUGUCAUCGAUCUGACAACCUCCCCCGGCAUCUCGCACUUCUCCUCGCCGUCACCGAGUCCGCGUGGUGACACCACUUCGGGCACCGCCGACCUUGGUCGGUCGGACUCGGCUGGACCGGUGAGUCUCGACUCUCUCGCUGCGCUGAUCCAUGCGCAGUCCAAGCAACGCCGCAUCGAGAACGCGGACUUGGCUCGGCUGUUGUCGUUCGUGAUCACUCGUCCCGCGCCGGCGGCUGAUAGAGAGGUCCGCCGAGCUGCCCUCGAGGCGACGUCCGUCAGCAAACUCGUGAGCCUCCUUCGCGGUCAGCAUCAACCUCAAAUUCAAGCUGGUGAUGUCGCUGCACUGAGGUUCGAGCUGGAGUCUGCUCGGACUAUCAACGCUGACUUGUCUCGGCGGCUGGAUUCACAGGCGCCUGUGAAGGCCGACCUCGAGGAACGGUUGAAGACUGUCGAGGAGGAACGUGACCGAUGGAAAGCCGAGUCGAAGAAACACCCCUAA